AUGUCUUCUUCACUGCCAAUGCUAGUGGCAGAAACGAUCCAAACCGCCUCUAUAAAACGCAACCCAUCACCCUCCCACGACAUCAAUCCCUCCACCUCCGCAUCUCAAAAACAGCCCGUGCGAUUCUCCAACCAGGGCCUAUCAUCCGAGUCCUCCCUCGACAAGUGUGCAUAUGACGACGAGGGAAUCGAUGACGAAGAAGAUGAGGAGGAUGAGGAAAUCCCGUACAGCGUGCUACGACCAACGCCGCGGCGGGCAAGCUUUGGUCCGCUGCCGGAUUUGAGGUUCGAGCAGAGCUAUUUGGCUAGCAUUGCCAAGGCAGAUACGAAGUGGAAGGUGGCAUUUAUUACAAUUAGAGAUCAGGUCUUUCUCCCUUUAUUUCAAGGAAUGAUUUGGAACCUUACCCUGCAUGGAUGGAGAUAUUGGAACCGGAGCGCUCAGCUGAGUGGAGAGGGUGUGGGAGCUAGGGUGAGGAGGUGGUGGUACAGAACGAAUAAUUGGAAGCUGCCGUCCUUUGCGAGGGACUUUAGGAGGGAUACGAAGCUGUCGGCGGAGGUAGGAGAUUAUUACAAAUAUCAGAAUAUGGGCGGUGAUUAG